GAAGAAGCAGGAAGCAACUACGUCGUCUGAGGGCGAUAGCUCUUCCUGUAGUAACAUGGCUAGCUGCUGUUCCCUGAAACUAUUGACACUUUUCAGCCUGAUUAUUGUUCCUGCCUCGGUGGAAAGUAAUAAUAUUGAGGCUGAAGCUGGUAAAUUCUUCAGCAGUGGACACACAAACAAUUGGGCAGUUUUGGUGUGCACAUCCAGAUUCUGGUUCAACUAUCGUCAUGUGGCCAACACACUAUCUGUGUACCGUAGUGUCAAGAGACUGGGCAUCCCAGACAGUCACAUAGUUUUGAUGCUGGCCGACGACAUGGCGUGUAACCAUAGAAACCCGAAGCCGGCCACGGUUUUCAGUCACAAGAACAUGGAGCUCAACGUGUACGGAGAUGACGUGGAGGUGGAUUACCGUGGUUACGAGGUGACCGUUGAGAACUUCCUCCGUGUUCUGACGGGACGACUGCCUCCCAGCACCCCGCGGUCCAAACGCCUUCUCUCUGACGACCACAGCAACAUCCUCAUCUACCUCACUGGUCACGGUGGGAACGGCUUCCUGAAGUUCCAGGACUCUGAAGAGAUCAGCAACGUGGAGCUGGCCGACGCCUUUGAACAGAUGUGGACGAAGAGAAGGUACAAUGAGCUGCUGUUCAUUAUUGAUACUUGUCAGGGAGCCUCCAUGUAUGAGAGAUUCUACUCUCCUAACCUCAUGGCCCUGGCCUCCAGUCAAGUUGGAGAAGAUUCCCUGUCGCACCAGCCAGACCUGGCCAUCGGGGUCCACCUGAUGGACAGGUAUACAUUCUACCUGUUGGAGUUUCUAGAGGAUAUUCACCCUGCUAGCACCGCUAACAUGAAUGAUCUGUUUAAGGUGUGUCCUAAGAGUCAGUGUGUGUCCACUCCGGGCCACCGUACAGACCUUUUCCUCCGGGACCCCGGUAACGUCCUCAUCACCGACUUCUUUGGUAGUGUCCGCAAAGUAGAGAUCACCAUGGAAACCAUCAACCUGACAGCUCCCAUGGUGCAUCUGGCUGUGGAAAGACCAGUCAGUGAGCUGAAGACCGAGAGUCAGUCAUACGUGGACCAACUACCAGUGGCUGAGAUUAUACACCAGAAACCGAAGCAGAGGGACUGGCACCCUCCGGACGGUUUCAUCCUGGGUCUGUGGACUCUCAUCCUCCUGGUCUUCUUCAAGACGUACGGCGUCAAGCACCUUAAGCACAUCUUCUAACCCCCUGACCUUUUAACCCCUGACCUCUGACCCACUUCUGCUCCUUGUGCAGUUUUGCACAAGUUCACUUGGCUUCCUAGAUUUGAGGAGAGGACUGGCGUAGGACUCAUGGUGAAUACUCUAAAGCGCAGGCUUUUAUCCAUCCAGUUAUUUUAAAUGCACGGGGGGAGGAGUGCACAACUGCACACUUCAGGAUAAAGGACAGACAGUUGGGACGCAGUGUUUGGCGAGCUCCCAAUCUUUCUCUGGAUUACGAGAAGACUACAAAGACAUUAUUAACAGGGAAAGAAUGACGCAGUCUUGUGUGGAAAUUGCCUUUCUAGUUAUUCUAUGGUUAUUAACAUUAUCGAAGGGGCACUCUGUGAUUGGUACAUCCAUUUUGUUAUUGUUUGAAGAACAGAUUGUCCCUUUUAACAUCAUUGUUUGUGUUUGAACUCUGAACUGUGUUGGAGAGAAUGUGAUGACACAACACUGACCUCACCAAAGACACACAUUGUUGUGCCUUUCUGGACAUAAACAUUACUCUGUAACUACUGCUGUUUAUUAUCCUGUACAUAAACAUUACUCUGUAACUACUGGUGUUUAUUAUCCUGUACAUAAACAUUACUCUGUAACUACUUGUUACUGCUGGUGUUUAUUAUCCUGGACAUAAACAUUACUCUGUAACUACUGCUGUUUAUUAUCCUGUACAUAAACAUUACUCUGUAACUACUGGUGUUUAUUAUCCUGGACAUAAACAGUACUCUGUAACUACUGGUUACUACUGGUGUUUAUUAUCCUGGACAUGAACAGUACUCUGUAACUACUGGUUACUGCUGGUGUUCAUUAUCCUGGACAUAAACAUUACUCUGUAACUACUGGUUACUGCUGGUGUUCAUUAUCCUGGACAUAAACAUUACUCUGUAACUACUGGUUACUACUGGUGUUUAUUAUCCUGGACAUAAACAGUACUCUGUAACUACUGGUUACUACUGGUGUUUAUUAUCCUGGACAUAAACAUUACUCUGUAACUACUGGUGUUUAUUAUCCUGGACAUAAACAUUACUCUGUAACUACUGGUUACUGCUGGUGUUUAUUAUCCUGGACAUAAACAGUACUCUGUAACUACUGGUGUUUAUUAUCCUGGACAUAAACAUUACUCUGUAACUACUGGUUACUGCUGGUCUUCAUUAUCCUGGACAUGAACAGUACUCUGUAACUACUGGUUACUGCUGGUGUUUAUUGUCCUGGACAUAAACAUUACUCUGUAACUACUGGUGUUUAUUAUCCUGGACAUAAACAGUACUCUGUAACUACUGGUUACUACUGGUGUUUAUUAUCCUGGACAUAAACAUUACUCUGUAACUACUGAUGUUUAUUAUCCUGGACAUAAACAUUACUCUGUAACUACUGGUUACUACUGGUGUUUAUUAUCCUGGACAUAAACAGUACUCUGUAACUACUGGUGUUUAUUAUCCUGGACAUAAACAUUACUCUGUAACUACUGGUUACUGCUGGUGUUUAUUAUCCUGGACAUAAACAGUACUCUGUGACUACUGGUUACUGCUACUGUGUAUUAUCCUGGACAUAAACAUUACUCUGUAACUACUGGUUACUGCUGGUGUUCAUUAUCCUGGACAUAAACAGUACUCUGUAACUACUGGUUACUGCUAGUGUUUAUUAUCCUGGACAUAAACAUUACUCUGUAACUACUGGUUACUGCUAGUGUUUAUUAUCCUGGACAUAAACAUUACUCUGUAAAUACUGGUGUUUAUAAUCCUGGUCAUAAACAUUACUCUGUAAUUACUGGUGUUUAUUAUCCUGGACAUAAACAUUACUCUGUAACUACUGGUUACUGCUGGUCUUCAUUAUCCUGGACAUAAACAUUACUCUGUAACUACUGGUUACUACUGGUGUUUAUUAUCCUGGACAUAAACAUUACUCUGUAACUACUGGUUACUGCUGGUGUUUAUUAUCCUGGACAUAAACAUUACUCUGUAACUACUGGUGUUUAUUAUCCUGGACAUAAACAGUACUCUGUAACUACUGGUUACUGCUGGUCUUCAUUAUCCUGGACAUAAACAUUACUCUGUAACUACUGGUUACUACUGGUGUUUAUUAUCCUGGACAUAAACAUUACUCUGUAACUACUGGUUACUGCUGGUGUUUAUUAUCCUGGACAUAAACAUUACUCUGUAACUACUGGUGUUUAUUAUCCUGGACAUAAACAGUACUCUGUAACUACUGGUUACUACUAGUGUUUAUUAUCCUGGACAUAAACAGUACUCUGUGACUACUGGUUACUGCUGGUCUUCAUUAUCCUGGACAUAAACAUUACUCUGUAACUACUGGUUACUACUGGUGUUUAUUAUCCUGGACAUAAACAGUACUCUGUAACUACUGGUUACUGCUGGUGUUUAUUAUCCUGGACAUAAACAUUACUCUGUAACUACUGGUGUUCAUUAUCCUGGACAUGAACAGUACUCUGUAACUACUGGUUACUGCUGGUGUUUAUUAUCCUGGACAUAAACAGUACUCUGUAACUACUGGUGUUUAUUAUUCUGGACAUAAACAUUACUCUGUAACUACUGGUGUUUAUUAUCCUGGACAUAAACAUUACUCUGUAACUACUGGUGUUUAUUAUCCUGGACAUAAACAGUACUCUGUAACUACUGGUGUUUAUUAUCCUGGACAUAAACAGUACUCUGUAACUACUGGUGUUUAUUAUUCUGGACAUAAACAUUACUCUAACUACUGGUUACUGCUGCUGUUUAUUCUAGAUUUAAUGUAUGGGAUCUGACUGGUGAAUGGGUUUAGAGUUAAAACGCAACUAAAGAUAAAAGGAUGGAAGCAACAAUCCAAUGUUUGUUGUAUUUUUUUUUUUAUUGUUGCAUGGUUUAGAAUUAAAGAGGGAGAGCGGAAAAGGAAACUGAGAAUAAAAUAAAGGAGUUAAAAUAGUGGAAAGCAGUGGUCCUUCUCAGGAGAGCAGACGGAUGUGUUCUUUGAGAUGGUUGAUUGUCUAAUUUGAUGUCUUUAAGGAAAUGUGUGUAUAUUCUUUAUUCCUUUUACUUUGUCUCUGGCAGCAGAGUUGUCUAUUUGACCGUUCUUCCUCAUAUCUAUAAUUAAAUUGAUGGGACUGAAAGGCACUGAA